AUGACGGAUGUCACGACGGACCCGGCGCUCGUCGCCGCCACCGCCGCGGACCUCGCACAGCAACAUGCCCAGCAUGUCGCCGCCGCGGCCGCCGCCGCGUCUUCCGCCAGCACGAACAGCCCCAAGGAGCGGCAUUCGCUGACCCUCGACCAGCGUCGCGCCCUGCGUCGCUGGGCCGGGGCGCAGCCGGUCCGGCCUUCCCAUAAAGCAUGCAUCGAGUGGUUCUGGGCCCAGUACGGCCAGCAGAUCAGCCAGUCGACCGUCUCGCACUCCCUCUCCCCCAAGUACUCGCGCCUCGACGGCGACAAUCCUCAGCUGUCGGGCUCGCGUCUGCGCUUCGGCAACUGGCCCGACGUCGAGAAGCUCGUCCUCCUGUGGUACCAGCAGGUUCAGGCAUCUGGCCGGCAGCCCACCAACGAGGAACUUGGCGACAAAGCAAAGUCCAUCUUCGGCCAGCUACCGCGCUACAAAGACGAGAGCGCUCCCGAGUUCUCCCCCGGCUGGAUUCACCGGUUCAAGAAGCGAUACGGCCUGCUCGUCAGGAGGCAGCGGCGCCAUGGCGACGACGCCAUCGACCCGGCCGAGGACAUCGAGUACCUGGCAGACUGCGUGCCGCGCGUCAUGGCCAUCCACCCCGAUACGAACCCUUCCGCUAUCAAGGAGCAGGUCUUGCGCGUCGUCGGCGUCGAGGCCACACUCAACACCUGCGCGCUCGUCCGCGACGAGGUCGUCCGCAGAUUGGGCGGUGCCUCCUCGCACGCGCACGUUGCACCUCCCAUGACGCACCUUCCCCCGCCGCCCGAUCCGCCGACACCGCCGCCUCCGCCACCGCAGGACCAGCCGAUGUAUGCAGAGGACGACCCGGAGGUGGUUUUGCAGAACGCACUCCGCCAGCUGCAGCAGGAAGAACAGGCCGCCGAAGAGCAGGCUGCCGCGGUACGCGAGGAGCGCGAGCGCCAGGAGAGAGGCGUGGGCAUGCAGGUCCCGCCCCCGCAGACCAUGAUGUCUACCCCUGGCCCCGGCAGGGCAUCGUCUUCAGACCCGCGAUAUGCCACGCCUGGGCAUGAUAUGGGCACUGACCUGACUCUCACGCCGAUCCAUUCCGACGGCCCCGUCUCCAGCCAUGAACGCCCGCUGCGAUGCCCAUUCUGCGUCAACCAGCGCAUGCUGCGCACCAUUAAGGAGGCAGUCGAGCACAUGUCCACGCAUGUCGUCGUUUGA